GGUGCUCCUCCGUCGGCUAUUCAUUCUCAAUCUUCGGCCGCAGAACAAUUUCUAAAUCUCCGAUUUGGAUCGCAAACGCUCCAUGAGGAGAUUGUCUCAAAAGAUCACUGGUGUUCCUUCGAUCAGUGAACUGCACAAGCAAGUUCCGCCGUUGAAUUCUUCUCCCACGGGUUCGAUUGCUCAGACUGAUGUCAAAAUCCCUAGAGAAUCAAGAAAGCUGCCUCAAUCGGGUUGCUAGGGCAAGGCGGCAGAGUAAAACUGCACUCCAAUCUCAUCCGCCUGAACUCGGCAAUGUCAAGUUUUUGCACAAACAUCUCUGGCUCAAACAUCCUCGUUGCGUACUCAGUGUUUAGAUGAAUUUCUGGAGCAAGCGGAGCACUUAGGGAUCAUCUUGGAGUCUCCCGGCUGCUAGGUUAUGUGAGGAAAGUGGGUUGCUGUUCAAAUCUUAGAACUAUAGCCUAUAGGUCAUGUUUCAUCAGUGGUAAUCAACUAUUUCUAGUGGAGAAAGUGCUGAUACAAAGCUAGAGAAAGAGAACAGCGGUGAAAUUGUUACGCCGCAGGUUGACUGUUCUCCAUCAUGGAAGCAUAUUUUUUGGGCAAAUACAGCCUCUCUAGUCCUCUACGCGUAGCUCCAUCCGAUGGUCCAAAGCAAAUAGCAAGUCAUGGUCAUGGUUACUUCCAACAAAUAAGAUUUUAUGCCGUGACGGCCAAAAUCAAAACCUAUAAUUCCCAAGCAUUAAAGGAACAAAGGCGUGCUUUGGGUUGUUGUCGUUGUGCUAUGGGUUUAUUGUCGGUUACCAAAAUCUUCUCGCCGACGUGGGUCCAUUCUCCAAGCAGGUCAAGUAACAUCACCCUCGGAUCAGUGGCAUUAUCAUUUGAGAAGCAGGACUUUUGGAUUCAACAAAUUGAAUUCAAGAUCAAACUUUGGUUGGACACUUUGACUAAUGGACUUGUUGAACCCGAAGCUGAGGGCCUCCCUCUAAGGGCAUUUUCUGUAAAUUGCCAAACCGACUGGUGGGUUUGGUAUGGACGGCACAGCGUUGGUUGAAUUGAAGAUUUUGGAGCAACAAACUGAUAAUUAAAAU